AAAGGCCCCGCUGGAAUUAAUCCAAUUUGCUCGUUUGAUCCAAUAUUGAGAUCCAUGAACAGCAGCAACCAUGAAAAAACACUCCGACUAGUGAUGCUAUGGUUCAAGAGUGGGAUUGAAAUUGGGUUUUUGGGUAGAAAAAAGGAAGGUAAUUCCAAUUUCUACAAGCUUUGAGAAGAAGAAGAAGAAGAAGAAGAGAGCAAUGGGAAGCGUACCGGCACAAAUUCCGACGAGCUUUGGGCAUGAACUGAGGGCAUGUCUUCGUUGCCGUCUGGUCAAAACCUACGAUCAGUUUAGAGAGUCGGGAUGCGAGAACUGCCCCUUCUUUAAGAUGGAUGAAGAUCAUGAGCGUGUCGUCGAUUGCACUACUCCUAACUUCAAUGGGAUAAUUUCUGUCAUGGACCCAACUAGAAGCUGGGCUGCUCGCUGGCUCAGAAUUGAUACAGACAUUGUUGCAAGACUGAACAUUUCCUUUUCGAAGUUGGCACUAGUAGUUAUCUAGCAAGUUCUAUUUUCUUACCAGUGCUGCAAUUUGAAAAUUUAUAGUUCGAAGAUGCGUCUACUCCCAUAUAGGUCAACUUUCAUUCUAUUAUUCUAUAUUAUUCCCUCCUUUGGUAUAAUUUUCCUGUAAUUCAUCCGUAUUUGUUUUCUAUCACAUCAGCUAUUGGUAUUCAUUAGUAUUUCUUCCUCGUUAUGUCUAGAUAAAUGCACAUAAGCAAAGAUAUGCAGACAACCUGAAAACAUGCAAUAGCAUAUUUUGACACCUCCAUCAGGGACUGGUUUAUAGCGCUGAAAUGUUGUUCUCCCUCUUGAUACUCUCUGCCUAUAUACAAUUUCUUUACCAGGCUAUUAAAACCCUCUGUUCAUAU